AUGCCCCCAGACUCCACCACGACGACGGCGGCUAGGCGCCAAAUCGGCUCUCCCCAUCGCACUUCGGCACCUCGGAGGCCGUCUCCGCCGCCUUCACCGCCGCCGAAGAGGAUGAAACUGUUGACGGAGAUACUGGAGAAGGCGGCGCAUGCGGUGGUUGAGAGGGAGGACUACGGCGAUGUCAUCUGCGAACAAUGUCGCACCGGGGAACGACCGGAGGAGCUGUUGUUGUGUGAUAAAUGUGAUAAAGGAUAUCACAUGAAGUGCUUGAGACCGAUUGUUGUUAGGGUUCCGAUUGGCUCGUGGAUUUGUAACAAGUGCUCUGGAGAUGGCCAGAGACGUGUAAGAAGGUUAUCGCAGAAGAAGAUCAUUGAUUUUUUUAGGAUUCAGAGGUAUAAGAAGGAUGAUAUUAAAGAGAAAUGCAGGUCUCUCCAAGACUCUAGAAAGCGCCGGAGACGUUCAUUGGUGUAUCAAAAGAAAAGAAGGAGACUGUUGCCAUUUAUUCCAUCAGAAGAUCCAGCCCAAAGGUUGAAACAAAUGAGCACCCUUGCUUCUGCUUUAACAGCAUUGCACAUGGAAUUUAGUGAUGAUUUAACUUACCUGCCUGGCAUGGCUCCUCAAUCAGCCAAUCAGGCCAAGUUUGAGCAGGGUGGCAUGCAGGUCCUUUCCAAGGAGGACAUAGAGACAUUGGAACAGUGCAGAGCUAUGUGCAAAAGGGGCGAAUGCCCUCCUCUUUUAGUGGUUUUUGAUUCAUGUGAAGGAUAUACAGUUGAGGCAGAUGACCAGAUAAAGGAUUUGACCAUUUUAGCAGAAUACUCUGGUGAUGUGGAUUAUAUCAAAAACCGGGAACAUGAUGAUUGUGAUAGUAUGAUGACCCUUCUUUUGGCAAGAGACCCAUCUAAAAGCCUUGUCAUCUGUCCUGAUAAACGUGGAAAUAUUGCACGCUUUAUCAAUGGCAUUAACAAUCAUACUUCGGAUGGUAAGAAGAAGCAGAAUUGUAAAUGUGUGAGAUACGAUGUAAAUGGGGAAUGCCGGGUCAUUUUGGUUGCUACUCGUGAUAUUGCUAAAGGAGAGAGGCUAUACUAUGAUUAUAAUGGAUAUGAGCAUGAAUACCCUACUCAACAUUUUGUUUGA